UCACGUGUUUUUGUCCGGUACAAAUCUUCCAGUAGGGGAGCGAAUAGGAGCACACCCAUACCAGCAAUUAUCAGCGGCAGUAACUAUCUCCAGAUACAGCUGCAGGAAGAGAAACUCCGCAGUCCUCCUGGAACAAAAACACCACUUUGGUUUCUUUUGGUGCGCGCAGCUUUUACGCGUAAAACGAGAUCUUUGGAGAGAGUCCUCGCGCUGCCUGGUACGUGUCUCUGUGUGGAGGGAAUACGUUUUAUGCGCUGUGGUACAGAGGACCGGACUGCUUUAUCGCACGCCCGUCCUUAUCUGGUGAGAUAAUACACUGAGAGCCCUUGGAAAUAAAUGCUGUUCCUCAUCAGCACGCGCUAUUAUCAGCCCUGUAUGUGAUUUGAGGACAGAAUUCUCCAGAAUUUAAAUUAGUUGUUAAAAAAGGCCCAGAUUAAUAAUCCUGCAGCAGGAGGAAGAGGCUCGCCUCCACAGGACUGGUCCCAGCCUAACAAAUUAAAACUACAGUUUACGCCACAAAGUUGUGAAAAUGUAUCAGAGCCUGGCCUUGUCCAACCAGUCCCCUUACGCACACGACACCGGGAACUACAUGCACCCCUCCGCCAGCUCCCCGGUCUACGUGCCCACCAGCAGGGUCCCGGCCAUGCUGCCCACCCUGCCCUACCUGCAGACCUGCGACUCGGCCCACCAGUCCCACGGCCUCGGCGGGCACCACGGCUGGCCCCAGAGCGCCGCGGACUGCUCCUCCUUUACGCCCAGCAGCCCUCACCCUGCCCCGCACGGCUUCUCGUACUCGCACAGCCCGCCGGUCAGCAGCAGCACGGGGCGGGAGGCCAGCUAUCAGAGCCCGCUGGUGCUCGGGAACGGCUCCCGGGCGGAGCAGUAUGGGGGCGCGCUGGUACGCUCGGUCGGAGGAUCCUACUCCAGCCCGUACGCGUACAUGAGCCCUGAGAUGGCGACGUCCUCCUGGACACCAGGACACUUCGAGAGCGGGAUGAUCAGUCUGCAGGGCCGGCAUGGAGGCCUGUCCGGGAGGAGGACCAGUCUGGACCUGAUCGACGACAUGUGCACGGAGGGCCGGGAGUGUGUGAACUGCGGCUCGGUGUCCACCCCGCUGUGGCGCCGGGACGGGACCGGGCACUACCUAUGCAACGCCUGCGGGCUGUACCACAAGAUGAACGGGAUCAACCGGCCGCUUAUCAAACCGCAGAAACGACUGCAGACCACCUCUCGCCGGGCCGGGCUCUGCUGCACUAACUGCCACACCAGCACCACCACCUUGUGGAGGCGCAACGCUGACGGGGAGCCCGUGUGCAACGCCUGCGGCCUCUACAUGAAGCUGCACGGGGUGGCCAGACCUCUGGCCAUGAAGAAAGAGAGCAUUCAGACCAGGAAGCGCAAACCCAAAAUGCCCAAGAAUAAAACAUCCACAGGCUGCACUAACUCUGACACCAGCUCCCCAAACUCCCUGUCCGUCUCAGAACACGCCUCCACCAUCAAGAGCGAACCCAACAUGGCCCCCUCACCCUACGCCGGACAGACCGUCACAUCUGCCUCUCAGGUAGCUUCUCAGUUAAACAGCACAGGAUCAGGACAUGUGGACAUUAAAUACGAGGACUACCCCUUUACCCCGGUCUCCAUGGCCCCUCAGAACUCCUGGUGCGCUCUGUCCCAAGCAUGAGGCCCCCCGCACUGACCCAUCCUGAACUGCUCCCAUCCUGAACGGUUCCUCUGGAGCUGAGGAGGAACUGUUGGAUGAACAUCACGUCGGGGCUGAAGCAGAACCUGGUGGAUGAGUUCAGGACUGGAGAACCUUGACCUGAACUGAUCAUACAAACUGUAACACUGGCUCUGUAACUGACCGUUACCUGGACCAUGCUUUAGCUUCACAACGACACAGAAUUGUUUUACCACAGGAUGACUGAAAACGAUACGCAGCUCAUCCCGAGCAAUGAAGAUGAACCAAGUCUCAACGCUGACCCUUUCUCCUGAAGUCACACCCAACAAACAACAAGAACUACCUAUUCCUAAAAGAAAUCUCCAUUGUUGGAGAUACAAAUACAUUUAUAUAUGCACAGACAAUCAUGUGGAAUGUAAAGAGACAAGGCUUUUUAAAGCUGAUAACUGAUUUUCAUUAAGAUGUUGUUGCUGGUAGAUAUUCUCCUCACGGCUUUCUGGGGUGUUUUCAAGAACCUAGUGAUGUUAUGGUCAUCACAGAAAAGAGACAGAAAAUACCUUUUUAUGGCUGUUGAACAUGUCUCAUUAAAAGCGGUAGAUGAUUAACUUUUAUAGGCACAUUAUUUAUGUUGAGAUAAGGGCAGUUAAAAGUUGUGGCUGACACUAAAAGCAGCCAGUGAUAGAGCUCACUGUUGUAGAACGGCUUGUGUGAGGGAUUUUAAAAUACAAACUGCAUCGUGUGAUUCAAUUGAAAAUCAGAACGGUCAUUUUGAUUCGGACAAAAUGAAUGCAUAUCAGAAGUGUAUCAUUUUACUGCUUUAAUAUUUGAAAUGAAUGAAAGUGCAAUGACAAUUAAAGGCACGGCAAAAAGA